AUGCUGACCUUCUUGCACGAUGCAGUGUGGAGUUGGUUCCUCUCGUUCCGCCUGGGGUCAUUGGAGACAGCCGGUACCCGUGGCGACUGCUUGCUGCACGUGACAGACUCUGAAGAGAAGGCAGGCGAGUGGAAGUCCGUCUUGCUGCCGCGAGAGGACUUGCCACCGAAGAAGCCUGGAACUGUCCGCUUGGUGUUGGUUUCAGACACGCAUGAAAGGCACGCCGGCAUCCUACUUCCCCCAUGUGAUGCGGUCUUACACAGUGGCGACAUUCUUGCAAGUAGCCGGUGGGCCCCGCAGACACAUGCCACGGACGUCCUGAGGGACUUCGGGGAUUGGUUGCGGUCUACGAACUGCUCCGCCAGGUUUGUCAUCGCCGGGAACCACGACUACUGGAUCGAACAUUUGGGACGAGAGGCAGUCCAGGAGCUCUUGGGAGAGGGUGUGCAGUAUCUAGAGUUCUCCUCCGGAUCGUUCAGCGCACAGCUGGAUCCGUCUUCGGAGGACACGGUGGAUGUCUCAGUCUUUGGUGCACCGGUGUCGGCGGGCAAGAGCCCGAAUCGCGCCUUCCAGCAUGCAGAGGCGGUGCAGCAGCUGGAGUCCAUUCAGCCCAACAAGUCCGACAUUCUCAUGACGCAUGGGCCUCUACUGACUGGCUCCAGGAAAGGGCUGCCAGCCAUAGCCAAGGUGCUUGAACGUUUGCAACCUUCACUGCAUGUAUGUGGACAUCUUCAUUGGCGCUGGGGGACCAUCGUGCCCAUGUCGGACUAUGUGCCGGUGAAAGGGGUUUCCAUCAACGCGUCCAUCAUGCGCAGCCUGGGCAAGAUCCAAGGCCAACGCCCUCUCAACGCCCCCAUUGUGUGCGACCUGCGCCUGGAGCCCAAGGUGGGAAACACCAGCGACACGUGCUCCUAG